AUGGCCAAGGAAGCUUUAGCAGCUUCUUUUGCUAUCCAGUUGGGAUAUAAUCUUGGCUUUCAGAAAAUAGUGCUUGAAGGGGAUUCCAAGAUGGUUAUUGAAGUUGUUCAAAAUAAUCAGGAGGAUCUUGCGAAAUGGGUAAUUUUAUGGAACAAAUUCGGGAUUAUGUGCACAAAUUUGAUUCUUUCAUGGCCUCUUGGAUUUGCAGGAAAUGAAAUGUUGUUGCUCAUUGUUUAG